AUUAAAACGCAUUGCUGCGCUUCGUGGUAUUAAAAUGUUUUAUGUGAUAUCCGACCAAACUUAAUUUAACCGCCAAUAUCAAAAUUAUGUUUACGAAAUAAAGUAAACAUAUUCUUAAGUCACUAUAAUUGUAGAAAAAAUGGAGCAAGUGGUAGUGAAAACUGAGGUGCAAGCUGAUGGGGAAAUAUUCUUAUUCUAUGUUCAUGAUGGUGAACAAACAGCUGUGACAAUUAAUAAUGUAGAUGGUCCAGUUCAGCAGUAUGAUAACAGUAAUAAUUUAUAUGCAAUUGAAGGUACUAGUGAAGUUUAUUAUCCAGAACCUACACAAAUUGAAUUCAAAGAAAAGUGGCAUGAGGAAGAAACUAAGCGUCUGCUAAUGUUUUAUACCGAUAACAAGGAAACAUUCAUUAACGGUUCUGCUCAGAGGAAGCAUUUAUGGGCUGUAGCAUGCAAGAACAUGUUACCAGCCAAAACACCUACUGCAUGCGAUAUAAAAUUGCGAAAUUUAAAAAGGAAAUAUUCGCAAUUACUAUUGAAUCAGCAAAAAGGUGUCCACCUCAAGUGGCCACUCUAUGAUCUCUGUCAUUUAGCAUUUCAGGACGAUAGUUUUGUAAAGAUGGCUCUUGCUGAUAGUGUUUCUAACGAUGUUACGAUUGCCAAUAUCCCCGUCACGACUACUCCAGAAAAUAAUGGUGUUUAUGUCGUACAAAAUAUAACUUCACCUCGAUCUGUUGAUUCCCAAGUGGAGAUGAUGCUUCAAUUGUAUUUGAAGUACAAAAAAGACUUUGAGAAAGAAUAUUGGCGUAAAGAUUUGUGGGAACGAAUAGUCACUGAGAUGGGGGAAAAUGACCCAGAAUACUGGCAUAAACGCUUCUUAAACUACAAACAGCACUAUUUAAGGGUGCUUAGUAAGCGGUCCGAAAGUGGAGAAUAUAAUGUGAAUUGGCCUUACACGAAAUACUUUGAUGAAAUUUUUGCUGACAAUCCAGAAUUUCAACGUAAAUAUGGAGUAAACAAUACUGAGAGUACCACUGUUACUGUAAUUACUGAUAACCAAGUGGUUACAAAUUAUGAAGAUUGGAAUCAAACGGAGACAUUGGUACUUGCUAAGUAUCACUUUGAUUGUUUCGAUGAAUUUCAAGAUACUACUAUACCUAAUGACUUUUUAUGGACUGAAGUUGGCAGAUUGCUUGAUAAAAAACCCGAAAAAUGUAAAGAGAAGUUUGAGGAGCUUAAAUGUGCACAUCUAGAUAAAUAUAUAGAAGGCGGAUAUAAUUUACGUAAUCGAAUUCCAUUGGAUAUAGUAAUGGAUAAUAUUAUAUCUAAAGAAAUAGAUAUAGAGUUCUGUAAUAAUAAAAGACCUACGGAGACUUGGAAGGUAGAAGAAUUAGAUGAUUUGGUCAAUUUCUUUUAUGACAAUAUAGAAAUGUUUAAGGACCUCUUGUGUUAUUUUGUUUGCUGGGCAAGUAUUAGUAAGAAGUUAAAGAGAAGUGUGCUCAGCUGUAAGAAACAGUGGGAGGAGCUCACUAAUCUUUAUAAAAGUAUUCUAGAAGAUAAGAAAGAAAAUCCUGAUAUGCAAAUAAGUUGGAGGUAUAUAGAAUUGUUUGAUAGGAUAUUUGAUUACGGUAUGGAUGUCACACUUAUGGACGGUUACGAGAAACUUAGUGCAAUUCGCCAGAAAACGGAAUCAGAAAAAAUUGGAGUAAAGAAGAUCCACAUAGAUUUUGAUGCAGACAACCAGGAAAAUGUCACAGAUGAAGAAGAAUAUGACGAGAGGGGAUUCACUAAGCGUUCCAAACGAGGCAUUGGAGAUUCUAAAGCAUUUAAAAUUCUCGAAUAUUAUCAAAAAAAUAAAGAUAAAUUCUCCACGACACAACGUAAGAAACAGGUACUAUGGGAAAUUCUCGCGAAACAAAUUGGUAUAUCCGCAGAACAAUGUGCACAUAGGUUUAGGAACCUAAAACAGGUCUAUACAGGGUAUAUCCAGAGAGAGAUAGACAGACCAGAUAUGCCUAUCCUAUGGCCUUAUUACGCGUUAUCCAAAAAAGUCUUUGGCUAUAGAGCUAUAAAGUCCAAAUUGAAAAAUAACAAAUUUAACGCAGAAUCCGCCGCAGAAUGGACCGCGAAAGAGAUUAAGUUACUCAUAAACUAUUUCGGAAAGAAUUUCGAAAAUUUGUCUGAAAAUCUGGAAGACAAGUCGAAAUGGUCAGACCUGUCAAGUGCAACUGGGAAAUCUGAGAAUUCGUGCAUCCAGAAAUUUAUAGAAUUAAGAAAGUGUUACAGGAAACUUAAGACCAUGAGAGAAAACAAUCCACAAAUGAAGGUUUCAUGGAAAUACUAUACAUUGUUUGAUCAAAUUUACAGUUUCAAACAGGAUAAUAAAGAUACAAUACAGGAAAUAGAGAUAUUAGAUCCGAAUGAUUCACAAGAUGAAGAAGAUUAUCAGUGCAUAAUUGUGAUGCCAGAAGGGCAGGAGGUUACUGAUAUUCAGGUGGAGAAUGCAGAAAUUGUUAUUCAAGAACCAGACGAAGAUGUCCAGAUGGAAUCCAUAGUAGAAAACAUUGAAACUAAGCCCCAAUCUCUGAAAUGGACAAAACGAACCAAGAAAAGGUUACUUAUUAUAUAUUUAAAUUACUUAAGAGCUCAUAAAGGAAAGGAGAUUAACUCAUCAGAAAUGUGGAAGGAAAUAGCGUCUAAACUUCCCAACAAGACUCCUCUGUCGUGUAGAAAAAUGUUUGCCAGACUCAAAAAUAAUCAAACUGUUUCUACAGAUGAUGCCAAUAAAAAGAAAACCCCAUAUUACACUUUACUUGAAAAGAUAUUAAAACUCAAGCCGAAAUUUGUUAAAAGUAGUCAAAAAACUGCCAACAAUGGCAAGAAUUAUAAAGACGUACAAUUACCUACAACAAAAGUGGAAAAAGCUUUACAAUAUUAUUUAAUGCAUAUAGAGGAAUUCAUGAACCCAAAAUACGAAAAGAAAUUUCUGUGGACCGAAUUGGCUAAUUUCGUGUCAGAACCAUUGAUAAAAGUAUUUAAUAAAGUAAACUAUUUGAAAUUGUCUUAUAACAUCGAAAGUGAUGAGGUGGCAGGUGAGAAGAGUAUCUUUGGUAUACUUCUAAAAGAAAUUUUAAUGAAAGAAACCAUACUUAAAGAUUCAUUGGAGAAUAAAGCGAAACCUAUUGAAGAUACUGGAGAGGUUACGUGGACUGAUGAAGAAGUGGAGCAGCUGCUGACAUGGUAUUUGGCUAAUUUGGAACAGUUCAAAAACCCUAAAUAUGUUCGCAAAUAUCUCUGGAUAGAAGCAUCAAAUAUACUUCAGAAAAGUCCUUUGUCCUGCUCGAAGAAGAUGUCGGAAAUUAGAACGCAAUACAGAAAUAUGAUGAAGGAUAGUGCUGAAGAGUUAAACAACUGGAGGUUCUAUUGUCUUUGCCAAAAGAUUUAUGGAACAGGAAAGAAAACUGAGUUAGAUGGUAAUUAAGUUUUCUUGUGAUAUUUAUUCCAAUGGCUAUAUUUUUUAAUAUUAGGUUUAUUAAUGGGAAUUUAUAAAUCGCUUACACCAGAACAAAAGCAAUAACGUCAUUAUACUUUACAUGUUUUACCUGUAAUUCAUUCUUAUGAGGUUUAAAUGUUUAAUACAUGCUAGAU